CUAUCCUGUAGCAAAUGCGCCCCCACCCCAGCGCUACACUUCUCCUCCCUCCGCCCUCCUCCCUCUCCCCAAACCCCUCCACACCUCCCCCUCGUCUCCGUGUCGGUCCUGUGGCUGUGAGUCUCAUUGUUCUGACACAGAUCGAAAAGCGAGGGAUGACUGCUGACGGCCAGCGCAAGUCAAGCCUGUUUCGUUCACUCACGGCACAGGACAAAGAAAAAUACUUCUCAACAGCGUCUUUUUGGAGCAGCCCACUCAAGGACAAUUUCGCCGAAAUCUUUGUCGAUUUAUGGUGUAUUUGGCAAGGCUAUUCAAUGAUGCGGACAAGAAUAUGACUUAAUUUGUUAAAACAAAUGGAAGAUCUAACGGUUGCCCACCUCACUGGAUAUACUCUACUGCCUUAAAACAACCACUUGCUAGUCAUUGUUCUGCUUCUUGUUCGGACGUAUCAUUGGGGAAGCAUUUGUUUUGUCCUUAAGUCUCCGUCUUGACGAUUUCAGGCUAACGGUACUGGGGCGUGGGUGUAGUCACUGGGCACCUUUAAAUGUGAGGAAGCUAAGAUGGUUCAUCAGUUUUCACCGAAUCGAUGUUCGCCGUUGGUGCUGUGUGUGUUGACUGUCCUGGCAUGGAGUUGGGGUCCAGCCAUGGCGGGUCGGAGUUGCACCGAGACACGACAGGUGUAUGGAGAGAAGGGUUACAGCCUCAGUACUGCCCCGCUGACACAGAUAUCUGGCGAACACCUGAAGCUUUGCCCCCAGGACUACACCUGCUGCUCCAGCCUGAUGGAGGAAACACUCUCUCGUCAGAGUGAGAGCGACUUCCUGACCGCCAUCGACGACAGCAGUCAGUUCCUCCUCACCUCCUUCACUCAGAGGCACCGCAAGUUUGAUGAGUUUUUCAGAGAGCUCACGGACCUGGCAGAAAAGUCUAUGAACCAGAUGUUCACCAAGACCUACGGCCUCCUUUACACACAGAAUUCACAUGUCUUCCAGAACCUGUUUGUUGAACUCCGUCACUACUACUCUGGGGGCACCGUGAGCCUGGGGGAGGUUCUGGCUGAGUUCUGGUCUCGGUUGGUGGAGCGGGUUUUCUCCCUGGUAAAUCCCCAGUACCAGUUCAGUGAGGACUACUUGGAGUGUGUCAGCAAACAUGCAGAACAGCUUCAGCCUUUUGGAGACGUCCCUCGUAAGCUCCGCAUACAGGUGUCCAGGGCUUUCAUAGCAGCCAGAGCGCUUGUCCAAGGCCUCGCCACUGGUCGUGACAUUGUGAGCAAAGCAGUAAAGUUGAACGUUGGAUCUGAGUGUGUCCGUGCCCUGAUGCGCCAGUGGUACUGCCCUCUCUGCCGUGGGAUCCCCACCCUCAAGCCCUGCCACUCGCUAUGCCUUAAUGUGAUGAAGGGUUGCCUGGCCAAUCAGGCUGACUUGGAUUCAGAAUGGAACAAUUUUAUUGAUGCGCUGGUGGUGGUAGCUGAUAAGCUGGGAGGUCCCUUCAACAUGGAGCUGGCUGCUGACUCCAUUGCUGUCAAGGUGUCAGAGGGGAUCAUGCACAUGCAGGAGAACAGCGUCACCAUCUCCACCAAGGUCUUCCAGGGAUGUGGCAACCCCCGGCCUGCCCCGAGCAGAACCAAGCGUUCCCCCAAGGAACAGCGUGGAAACCGAAGACCGUUCAGAAACUACAGCCCCGAGGAGAAGCCCACCACUGCCGCAGGCACCAACCUCGACCGCCUGGUGUCAGAUCUGAAGGAGCGCUUGCGCCCCAUGAAGGGCUUCUGGGUGUCUCUGCCUCACACCAUCUGCAAUGAUGACAAAAUAGCCGCAGACGUUACCAACGAGGACCGCUGCUGGAACGGACAAAAUCGCGGACGGUAUUUGCCGGACGUGACAGGAGACGGCCUGGUCAGUCAGAUCAACAACCCAGAGGUGGAGGUGGACAUUGCCCGGCCAGACAUCAGGACCCGUCAGCUCAUCAUGGAGCUCCGUGUGGCCACCAACCGCCUGAGGCACGCGCAAGCAGGACAGGACACCGAAUUCAUGGACAUCGAAGGGGAGGACAGCAGUGGUUCAGGGGGCGGGGACGGAGGCGAGAGGUACAGCGAUGAUUGGCCGGGCUACGGCCCUUACUCCCCGCCCCACAGCAAGCCGCCACGGAACCCCAGCAGUCCUAGCCGACCCACCCGCCCACGUGACCGCACUGGCACCAAGUGGAACCGGGCCAACCAGGGGCGGGGCAAGUCAGCUGCCACACCCUCACUCACAGCUUCUCACAUCCCCAUUGUCAGUCUGUCAAUGGUGCUCUCUCUCGCCCCCAUGUGGAGGUAACCUGCUAUGGCUGUAUGCUCAGCUCAGAUUUGGACACUGGACCCCGGGGGGAAAAAAAAUGGUGGGAAAACAUUGUGCCAUUGUCUCUCUAAAGCACAUCAGUCCAGUAGAUGAUGGAAAAUGUCUCAGUGAAUCACCAGCUGACCUUUAAAUAUGUAUCACAAAAUUUCCAAACAAAAUGAUCAAUCUAAUAUUUCCCAAAGCAGAACAAUGCCACACACGAGGUGAAGGUCAAGGUGAAAUAAUCCCUUUAUUGUCAGAGGUUACUUGCAGACUUUGGCAGCUAAUGAUACUUGGAUACCUUCAAAUACAAACACAGUCAGACAGUAUCUCUGCUAGCCAUAGUGAUUAUUACUACGUUUUGACAACAAGAGGGAGGAUUUCAGUAUGUGUGUGUGUGUGUGUGUGUGUGUGUGUACAUGUCCACUUACACUCCACACACAAAAUGUGGACAAGUUAUACAUUUAUUAGCGAGAGAAGCAAUACGAAUUUUUAAAUGACAAUUUCCAAACCGUUGUUGAGGACCAGCAAACUCAGAAAAUCGUCAAUCCAACCACACCAUGUUAGUGUUCUGAAGUCUAUGCAGUUUGCAGCAUGCAUAUGCGUGAGCUACAUAGCAUCUUUUUAAUAUAACAAACCAUGUCUUUAGUUGAAUCAGUGGGUCGGGGUUGGGGUUGUCCUUUCUACCUGAUCUAAGUCAAGCACCUUUCUCCUAAAUCAAUGAGAGCACAGAUGCUGUUACUAAUGCUGUUUUGUGCAUCAGUCAUAACGAGGACUUUAUCAGGUUUCCAGAUAUCAAUAUAUUAAGACAGUCGGACUCUGUAAAAGGACCAAAUAAUUAAAAAAAAACUCCCAUGUUUAGCAUUAUGAAGCUAAGUCUGUGAGAAAUUCAGGCUGCAAUACUCAUAUCGUGAAAAACCUGUAAUGGUUUAUUUAACAAUGAUAUCAAGAACAUGACAUGUCUGUUUCUGAUUGGUGAUGGGAAUUUAGAUAUGUGAUGCUCCUCUGUGCACAUGAUGUCUCUUAGCAGUGCUGAGAGGUCUACAGACACCCGGGCGUGGUCCACAAGCAUGGCACAUGCAUUCAUGGUGUCUUAUGAGGAUAGAUUUGUAAGGGUUUCUAAUGUUUGGGUUUACGCUGUAUUAUGCCGUUCUUUAUUUAUAUGCCUAUAUUAUUUAUUGAAAGUGUUUAUGAAUGUUAAAUUUGCAGUUGUCACUGCGGAAUGUUGAAAACGGAGGAGUGUAAGUUAAUUUUAUCUUCCUGAUAUUCCAUUAAAAGUUUUACUCGGGAGUUCCCAGGUAACUUUGUGUUCAGGUUGGAUUUACAGUUUUCCUUUUUCACCUAGGGUGAGGCAACCUCCAUUUGGUGCUCUUAUUUGGAUGAUAUACUGUAAUUGUUUUCUUUUAUUUAUGUAUUUAUAUAUAUAUAAAAUGGCUGCUUGUAGGAUGAAAAGGUUUUGUGUUGAAUGGCAGCAUUGUCAAGACUAUAGAGGCUUUCAGUCUGAGGGGAAAAAGGCAAGAUGACCUUGAUGAAAUUGCAGCGAAUGAGAAAUAAGUCCUCAGCCGUUUGAAAGGAUGCCCAGUGCUUGGGUGUCAUUAGGGAAAGCCAGUGAAGGACAGCACAGUGAUGAAAGACAAACAUAAGGAGAUGGAGAGAGAGAAACAUGCGAUGGAGAGAGAGACAGAAACAGACGGAGAGAGGGAAACAUACAGAUGGACUGUGUAUUGUCCUUGACAGAGAUAGAGAGAAACAGAAGAAUGGAAAGAGAGUGGGAGGAGAGGACGUGUAAGGACACGGAACAAAGGAAGUGUGAAAAAAAGGAAUAAAAAGCAAGUUAGAAGUGGAACAAAUGUAAAAAAGAAGAAGAAAGAAAAAAAGAUGCGAAGAAAAAAGAAAA